AUGGGCGACAAGCCUGAGUGGAUCAACAAGCUUAUGGGCAAGACGAUUAGCGACACUACUAAUGAGACAUGUUUUGCAAAGAAAGAUCUUCCUCCAUCUCACAGGAUAUUGAAGCCGGGUUAUGCACAGACCGAGGAUUAUAAGCCAGAGAGACUAAAUGUCUAUGUUAAUGACGACGGGACUGUCCACGAUGUGAACUUUGGUUAG